CACGGAUUUUCAAAAGUGCUUCGCGAAAUUGAUUCGUAAAUUUUGAAUCGCUGAGUUAUUUUCGUGAUUUUGGUGUGUUAUUCGGAAUUUACUGCAAAUCUUAUGUUCACAAUAGAAAUUACUUAAAUUCAAGUUACCAUUCGAAAUGAGCGAAUCGCCAAGUUCCGAUCAGCGCAGCAAACGUCGUCGAAUCGACAAACACGGCCGCUUUGCGGCUCUCGAGCGACUCAAGAACUUGAAAGCGGCCGGUGUCAAGAACAAAUACGAGGUCGACGAAAUCAAGAACGUAUACGAUGAGGUCGAUGAGUCCGAGUACGCCCGGAUCGUAAAUGAACGGGUCCGGGAAGAUUUUGUCGAGGACGACGAUGAUGCAUUUGGAUACGUGGAAAAUGGCCGGGAGGUAUUCGACGAGGACGAACUCGAUAUGGAAGGUUCCAGCAGUCGCAAAGGAAACAAAUCUGAUAAGAAGAAAGGCAAAAAACGUGGCCGAGAAGAUACUACACCGGCCAGUUCAGGGCCUGUCACUGGGAGAAAAUCGCUCAAAAAUUAUUUCAACAAAGAACGUGAAUCGAAGGCCAAAAUCGCGGACGAUGACAUUCUGGCGGACAUUUUGGGUGAAAUCAAAUCAUCGGAUGGCGCGGGUGGCGAAAGCAGCGUUAUUCAACCGGUGAAGGAAAUUCGACCAAUGAAAAUGGUGACCAAACCCAAACCAGUCAGCAAGGACGAGGAGAUGAAAAAGUAUAUGGAAAAUUUUAGCAAAAAUAUUAAAAAGACCGAAAAAGUUGAGGAAAACGAUAGUGAUGAAGAGAUGUUGGAUAGAGUUUUGAAGCAAAGUUCAGCUGACAAUAAACCGAAGGAAAAAGCUAAGUUUACAGCUCCUGCGGCAGUUCCUAGAAAGGAAGUUCGAGAAGAGACAGUGACCAGAGAAAUUUCUCAACCGACAACCCCAGCUCCAGUUGUAAAGACCGAGCUAGAAACCGAUUUGUCAACCAUCGAUCAGGACUUUUUGGACGAUGAUUUCGAUUUAACUGGUGCUGAAGUCGAAACACAAGUCACGCAAAAGUGUUCAGUAAGCCAGCUGAAGAAAGAUCCGUCCAAUGAAGCAGAGACAUCGAUGAAGGAAACCGAUUCCGAGAAGCUGCUUAGUGGGUGGGGCAACAUUUGCAUAUCGGAGUUGGAAGACGAAAUGAUAACCGAGAUGGACAGCAGUUUUUCAGCGGACAGCGAUGAGACGGUUCGGUUCUGGUUCUGGGACGCCUGGACAGACCCGGCCAAAUGUCAAGGAGAAAUUUACAUUUUCGGAAAGAUGCCAACUGGAAAGAAACCAAAUGAGUUCAUUUCGGUUUGUGUCCAUGUAACCAAUGUGGAUCGUUGCUUGUACCUGCUGGCCAGGGAGAAGGAGCUUGACGUUCGUAGCGGAACGGAUCUAGAUAAAGAAGUCAGCAUCCUAGAUGUGUAUAACGAAUUUUGCAACGAUAUAAGUUCUAAGCUCAAAGUUACAAAGUACCGAACCAAGAAAGUUACAAAGAACUUUGCCUACACCAGUGGAAUGAGCGAAUUGAAGGUUCCAGCUCAGAGUGAAUACUUGGAAGUUCGGUACAGCGCUAAGCUGCCUGCACCCGCACUGGAUAAAAAGUACCGAACGAUUUCUCACAUUUUCGGAACGAACACAAAUGUCGUGGAGCAAUUUCUCAUCGAACGAAAAGUGAAAGGUCCUUGCUGGAUGGAAUUGAAAAACUUCACCAAAAAUUCCAGUCCUUCGAGUCACUGUAAAGUGGAGUUUUCGGUCCCGGACAUAAACUGCAUCAGCGUUGCCCAGGAUGCUUCAGCCGUAGCUCCACCCCCGUUGGUAGUCUGCGCAAUUAACGUUCGCAGCAUUUUAAACAAGGCCACCAACGAAAUUUCGAUGAUAUCGGUGCUUGUUCAUGAUCGAUUUCCUUUGAACAAACCUCCACCAAAUCCGCCCUUUAACAGACACUUUUGUGGAGUUGCACGCCCUAAUGGAACUGUCUGGCCGUACGAUUUUAACCCAGCCGAUCCGAAACUCAAUACAAAGGUAACCAAAUGUGAAAACGAACGCAUGCUUCUUAACUGGUUUUUGUCCAUUUACGGGAACAUCGAUCCGGAUUUGAUCGUCACACAUGAUGCGUACGAUUUCCAAAUGGAUUUAAUCUGCCAGCGACUGAUGACGCUUAAAAUUCAACAAUGGGCUCGCAUCGGCCGUUUGAAGAUGAAGAGUCCUUCAAGUCGGCGCGUGGAUGACUUUUUUGUUGGUCGGUUGAUUUGCGAUGUUAAAACAUCGGCCGAAGAGCUUAUUAAAUCUCGUAGCUAUGACCUGAAUACGUUGUGUACGGAAGUAUUAAAAAUUCAAGAAGGCGAACGUAAAGAUGUGUUGCUGGAUGAUAUUCCGGGUAUGUUCGAAAACUCGGCAGAUUUGAAGCAACUUAUCGGAUUGACCAUGCAGGAUAACUUUUACACACUGCGAUUGAUGUGUGAGCUAAAUGUGCUUCCAUUGGCAUUGCAGAUUACUCAGAUUGCCGGUAAUCUGAUGAAUCGAACUUUGCACGGUGGAAGGGCCGAGAGAAAUGAAUUUCUGCUUCUGCAUGCUUUCAACGAGAAAGAUUUCAUUAUGCCGGAUAAGGUUUUGUUCAAGGGAGGACCACAGGAAGGUCAAGAGAAUGCAGAACGUCGUAAACCGAAAAGUAAAGCCGCAUAUUCUGGAGGUUUGGUCCUGGAUCCGAUAAAAGGAUUCUACGACAAGUUUAUUUUGCUUAUGGAUUUCAAUUCCCUGUAUCCAAGCAUCAUUCAAGAGUACAAUAUCUGCUUCACAACUGUGCUUCCACCGGCUCCGGGAGAAGAAGAGGGAUCGGCUGAAAUUCUCCAAACAGAUGAGAUGGGAAUUCUACCACGGCAAAUUCGUAAACUGGUAGAGAGUCGUAAAGCAGUGAAACAGUUGAUGAAAGCAUCUGGUUUGGAACCGGAACUGAAAAUGCAAUACAACAUUCGACAGAUGGCAUUGAAGUUAACGGCAAACUCUCUGUACGGAUGUCUCGGUUAUACAAGGUCUCGUUUCUACGCUCAGCACAUGGCCGCUCUGAUCACCCUUAAAGGCAGAGAAAUUCUCAUGAACACUAAGGGUAUCGUUGAGAAAAUGAACUACCAGGUCAUCUACGGUGAUACAGACAGUAUCAUGAUCAACACCAACAGCAUCGACUACGAGCAGGUUUUCAAAAUUGGUUCUAACAUCAAGCAGAUUGUGAACAAAACCUACAAAUGCCUGGAACUAGAUGUGGAUGGAAUCUACAAGUACUUGCUGUUGUUGAAAAAGAAAAAGUACGCAGCCGUUUCGAUCGCUAAGAUCGGUGACGAAUACAAAUGUACUCAGGAACUCAAAGGUCUGGACAUAGUUCGUCGAGAUUGGUCCAAACUGGCAGUUAUCGCUGGUAAUUUCAUUCUCAGCGAAAUUCUGUCCGACAAACCAAUGGAUGAGCGAAUAGAAAACAUUCACCUCAAGUUGGAGAAGAUUAAAGAAGACCUGUUGAACGGUGUAACUUUCCCCUCGUUGCUAGAGAUCACAAAACAACUCACGAGGCCUCUAAGCGAAUACUCGGACACGGCUCAGCUUCCACACGUUUCGGUUGCUGUGCGAAUGAACAAGCAGCGUAAUCGUAACUUCAAGCGUGGUGACGUGGUCGGUUACAUUAUCUGCGAAGAUGGAACAUCGGCCGCUGCCAUGAAACGUGCCUAUCACAUCGAUGAACUCAAAGAUCCCGCCAACAAAGACAAACUCAAACCGGACGUUGAAUAUUAUUUAUCGCAACAGGUUUUCCCCGUUGUAUUCCGUAUCUGCGAACCACUCGAAGGUACAGAUGCCUGCCGGCUAGCUCUAUGCCUCGGGUUGGAUCCGAAAAAGUUCCAAAGCCUUGGCGCAGCACGGGACCAAGAUAGAGACUACGCCGAUGGAGAAGCCGUUCAGAAAACCAUCACCCAGAAAUAUCGCCUAUGUCAUCGAUUCGAGUUCACGUGCGUUACAUGUGGAACCAAGAAUCCGGUGGCCAGUGGUUUCAAACGGGAUAGCGGAAAACACAAGUCCAUUUUCGAACGGUGUGCCAACGACAGCUGCUCAGUCCUACCCCAACAAUACCUGCCGGCUAUCAUCAACGAGCUGACACUGGCCAUUCGAGCGGAUAUUAAACGGUUCUAUCAAAGGUGGAUGGUCUGUGACAACCCGAUUUGCAAUCAAAACACGAGACUUUAUUCUCAGGUUGCCACUAAGAAUAACCCGCACUGCAUUCACUGUCAGAAAGGCCUUCUGAUCCAACAAUACUCGGAAUCAGAUUUGUACCUUCAGCUCAACUACUACAAUUAUAUGUUCGAUCUGAAUCUCUAUGAAGUCAGAAUAACAAAAGUUCUUUCAGCCGAGUUGAAGAACAUGUACAACAUCCUGAAGGCAACCGUUGAUCGGUUCCUAUCCCGUUCCAAAUACGCCACCAUCCAGUUGUCGACGCUGUAUUUGAACUAUGCUGUAAAUCAUAAUUCACGUCAUUCGAAACAGUACCCUAUCAAAGCGAUUAUGGAGGAUUGUAACGGUGGGAAGAUACCAUGGAACAAUUACAUAAAUUUCGAAUGAACUCUGACAUAUUCGCUCCAAUAAAAAAAAACUAAAUAUAUUAUAUUUUCUAAAUGAGAUCCGCCGCUCUUGUUUAAAAUAAAGUAAUGCUUAUUUUAAAAUAAAUUUUUACUG